AUGGGCAUGCUUAAACCCUCUUGCAUCCAAAUAGCCAUAGCCCUGCUUUUUCUCGCACAAACCAAGAUCUCCAUUGAGGCAUCUGUCAUCCUGAAGAAGGAUAUGACCAAGAGCUGUAUUAGCAGCGAGAGGUCAGCCCUUCUUGCCUUGAGAGCAGGCUUGUUGGAUCCCAUAAAUCGCCUUUCAUCAUGGGAGGGAGAUAACUGUUGUCAAUGGCAGGGUGUCCAGUGCAGCAACAGCACAGGCCAUGUCAUCAAGCUUGACCUGCGAGCCCCUGGCUGCCUCGACAAUGGUGUGAGUAGCCAGGCGCUAGGGGGCAACGUGAUCUCCUUAGUGACUGGUCUACGUCACCUCCAGUUUCUCGACCUCAGCUGCAACAUGUUUGAUAUGGUGCCAAUACCAGAGUUCUUGGGUUCCCUGCAUGACCUGAGAUAUCUUGACCUCUCACACUCCAACUUCGUUGGAAGGAUACCGCCACAGCUGGGUAAUCUCUCCAACUUGCAUUACUUGAAUCUUGAUUCAUACACGGGUGGGCAAGUUGUCAACAUAUACUCAAUGGACAUCACCUGGCUGUCACGGUUGCGCUCCCUUGAGUACCUCAACAUGAGGUCCGUGAACCUUAGCACCACUGCAAACUGGGUUUCCGUGGUGAACAUGCUUCCUUCACUUCAAUUUCUCUCUCUCUCUUACUGCCAACUUGGCACGAGUCCUGACUCGCUCUUGCAUCUAAAUCUGACAUCUCUUGAAACACUCGACAUAUCAUAUAAUAGUUUCUACAAGCCUAUCGAACCCAACUGGUUUUGGGAUUUGACUAGCCUCAAGGAGCUUUAUAUUCAGUCAAACCAGUUUUAUGGACCAGUUCCACAAGGGAUAGGGAAUAUGACAUCCAUGGUGAAUCUUAGUCUCGCAAUGAAUAACCUAGUCGGCAUGAUACCAAGCAGCAUGAAGAAUCUAUGUAACUUGGAAGAACUUUGUUUGAUGAUAAACAACAUCAAUGGAAGUAUAACUGAAUUCAUCCACCGCUUACCCAGCUGUUCAUCACAUAAAUUGAAAUCUCUGCUUCUAUUUGACACCAAUCUUACGGGAAGCCUGCCAACUGGGCUACCACAACAUUUAAGCAAUUUGGUCGCACUAGACCUUCGUUGGAAUAAUCUGACAGGUACUGUGCCACUAUGGAUAGGAAAGCUCACAAAGCUACAGUUUCUGAAACUUAGCUUCAACAAACUUGAUGGUGUCAUACAUGAAGGCCAUUUAUCUGGCCUACCAAAUUUGGAGUUCCUGUUGUUGGCCCAUAAUUCUUUGUCCAUCAUAUUGAAUUCGACUUGGGUUCCUCCUUUCAAGCUAGACACUAUUGAACUUGGAUCAUGCCAUCUGGGGCCAACCUUUCCGAUGUGGCUUAAAUGGCAAACAUCAGCAUCUCUUAUUGAUAUCUCAAACACAAGCAUAUCGGAUGCGGUACCGGAUUGGUUUUGGGUAACAGCUUCCUCCGUGUCCAUUCUGGAUAUGAGAAAUAAUCAGAUCAGUGGUUUUCUACCAUCUAAAAUGGAAUUUCCGAUAGCAUAUGCAAUUGAUCUCAGUUCUAACCAGCUUAGUGGCACAAUACCUAAGCUUCCUGUUUAUCUAACUAGGUUGGAUCUCAGCAGAAAUAAUCUCAGUGGGCCACUGCCACUAGAUUUUGGAGCACCAGGACUUGAAAUACUUCUUCUAUACAAAAACUCAAUCUCUGGCACCAUUCCAUCUUCUUUAUGCAAACUGAGACAACUACAAUUGCUAGAUCUCUCAGAUAAUAAGCUUACUGGAUCCGUUCCUGAUUGCGUAGAAGAUAAAUCCACAAUAUACAUGGCAAGCUGGAGUAUUCAGUCUCUGAACUUAAAAAACAACAGCUUCUCUGGUGAAUUUCCUUUAUUUCUCCGUAACUGCCAGCAACUGGUAUUUCUUGAUCUUUCACAAAAUCUAUUUUCUGGGAUUUUGCCAGCAUGGAUUGGAGAGGACCUACCCUCUUUGGCAUUCUUGAGGUUGAGGUACAAUAUGUUUUAUGGUUGUAUUCCAGUGGAGCUUACUAAUCUGGUUAAACUUCAGUAUUUGGACCUUGCCUACAACAACUUAACUGGUGGCAUACCGAAAUCACUUGUCCGCUGCAUAGGGAUGAUACUAACACAAGACAAAGCUGGUGAAUUUGAAAACAUAAUACAUUCAGCAUAUACAGUUGAUUCGGAUGACAUGAUUGAGUAUACAGAAACCUCUACUGUAGUAAUGAAGGGUCAAGAAAGACUGUAUACUGGGGAAAUUAUAUAUGUGGUCAACCUUGAUUUAUCAUGUAAUGAUCUUUCUGGAGAGAUCCCGCCAGAGAUUGGUACUCUUGUGGCAUUGAAGAAUCUGAAUUUAUCAUGGAAUGGCUUUAGUGGAAAAAUUCCUCCGAGUAUUGGGGCCUUGGUGCAAGUGGAAUCUCUCGACCUAUCACACAAUGAGCUAUCCGGUGAAAUCCCCACAAGCUUAUCAGCUCUCACAUCUUUAAGCCACUUGAAUUUGUCAUACAACAACCUAUCAGGAACUAUACCAUCUGGAAGUCAGCUGCAAGUGCUCGAUGAUCAGGCCUCAAUAUACAUUGGCAACCCCGGUCUCUGUGGUCCACCUAUCUCCAAAAAAUGUCCAGAAACCGGGUUGAUCCCUGCUGCUCCAGGAGAUAACAAGAAUGGAAGCGACAGUGUUUCCCUUUUUGUCGCCACGAGUUGUGGGUAUGUGAUGGGUCUCUGGACAGUCUUCUGCGUCUUCUUGUUCAAGGCAAAGUGGAGAAUUGCUUCUUUCACAUUCUAUGAUGGAUUGUUUGAUUGGGUUUAUGUGCACGUGGCUGUUGGCUGGGCCUCUUUGACAAGGAAAACGGGUAGUAGCUGA